AUGUUGGCUCGUUCCAGCCGAGUCGAUUCCUUUCGUAUACCUGAACUCGUACCCUUCCCUGUUCAUGGCCUAGCACCGUUUGCAGGUAUAACCCUACCAGGCCUCUUGCCACCAGGAAUCAGUCCAGAAUGCAAGUAUAUGGCGGAGUUAUUGGAGGUUGCUGCUCAGCUUAUGAUGGAGUCCAGGACCAUUGCUGGCCUGUAA